GGCCACCGUGGGUGAGUGCAGCUGAAGCUGGGCAUGCGGGUGCCCUGGCCGCUGGCCUGGGCCGUGCUGCAGCUGGGCUGGUGGCCCGGGUGGCUUCUAGAGUCCCCGGAGAGGCCCUGGAGCCCCCCCACCUUCUCCCCAGCGCAGCUCACGGUGUCCGAGGGGGCUGACGCCACCUUCACCUGCAGCUUCUCCAACUGGUCCGAGAACCUAGUGUUGAACUGGUACCGCUUGGAGCCCAACAACCAGACAAAGAAGCUGGCGGCCUUCCACAAGGGCCAGAGCCAGCCGGGCCCGGACCCCCGCUUCCAGGUGUGGCAGCUGCCCAGCAGGAGCGACUUCCACAUGCGCAUCCUGGCCACCCAGCGCAAGGACAGCGGCGGCUACCUGUGCGGCGCCAUCUCCCUCGCCCCGCGGGUGCACAUUAAGGAGAGCCCGGGCGCAGAGCUCACGGUGACAGAGAGAGUCUCGGAGCCCCCCACGCCGCGCCCGAGCCCCACCCCCAGGCCAGGAGGCCAGUUUCAAGGCCUCAUUGUUGGUGUCACAAGCGUCCUGGUGGGCGUCCCAGUGCUGCUGCUGCUCGCCUGGGUCCUGGCUGCUGUUUGCUCCAGGAACACGCCAGAGGCCAGAAGAGCUGAAAGCAAGGUGCAGCCCCUGAAGGCAGACCCAUCGGCAGUGCCAGUGUUCACUGUGGCCUACGGAGAGCUAGACUUCCAACGGAGAGAGGAGAGCCCAGAGCCCCCCGCCUCCGCCUCCUGUGUGCACACCGAGUAUGCCACGGUGGUCUUCCCUGGUGGGCCAGGCAACUCAGCCCACCGCAGAGGCUCUGCGGACGGCCCUCAGGGUCCCCGGCCCGCACCGCAUGAGGAGGGACACUGCUCCUGGCCCCUCUGACCAGCUCCUCAGCCAGCAGGGCCCUGCUCCCUGCCCCCGGGCAACACACAGAGAGGCACACUCUGCCCCAGGGCCCAGCGUCCCUCCAGGCCUGGGGUGCUCUCGCAGUGCUCACAGCAAGCUGGGAGCAGCAGGUGUCCUGUGUCUGACACUGAGGGCUGGACACAGCCCCAGGCUUUGUUCCAAGGGGUUGGAGUGGCUGAGCCCAGCCCCCGAGCCUGGGGCCUGAUCCACUCCUCCGACGCAGGGCAAUGGGGUUGGGCUGGAGCCUGCCUGGGGGCUGACCCCGUGAGGCAUCCUCAGAGCAAGAAGACUUGGGUGCGCACAGUGGAUGCCUGUGGCUGCUCUCCAGAGGCGCUCCAAGUGGACGUUCACAUCCCAGGCCUGGAGAGAUUUCAGCGAAGGCCAGACGGCUCUCAGUGGCGGGAGAUGGAGGUGUACGGCCAUCCACCAGGCCAGCCCUCCGGGCCCCUCAGUCCUUCAUACCUGCCCCCGGCUCUGCCCUCUGCACAGGGAGCUGAGGCGUGAUGGCGGAAUGAGGUAAAUAAGACGCACU